AUGCUCCUCUGCGUUUUUCUUUGUGCCUUCUUCCUUACCUUUCCAUGGUUUCUCCCAAUUGCUCUUUUCCUUUACUUGGCCGUCCAACUGGUUAUCGAACUUGCUCUCCCUCUUGCGGUGUUGUCUUGUGUCGCCCUUUUUUAUUACUACGUUUGGUGUUCGGUUGCUGCCUACUUGGAGAAGUGGGUGUGUAUCGCUGAUUACAGUCGUUUGGCAAGUGUGGUCGAUGCAAAUCCCACCUUGACCACCAAGUUGCUUGUUUGCCCUCGUUUGGCUGGUGUUGCUGUCUCUGGUGAUGUUGUCUCUUCUGGUGUGGCUGCUUUGUCUGGUGUUGCUGUUUCGUCUCGUGUUGCUGGUGUUGCUGUCUCUGCUGUUGGUUCUGAUUUUGGAGGUGAAGAUUUUGCCGGUGAUGAAGAAGUUGUCCCUGCUGGUGGUGAAGAUGUCUCUUGUUCUGUUGGUGGUCAUCGUGGCGCUGAUCCUGCUUUUGGUGGUGUUGAAGUUGCUUUUGUCCCUGUUGGUGUUCGCUUUGUGCCUGCUAUUGGUGGCUCUGUUUCUGGUGACGUUGCUGCGGCUGUUGAUGUUGUUCCUCCGGUUCCUGCUUUGGUCCGUGAUCCUGUUCCUGCUGGUGCUGCGCAUCCUGUUGGUGAUGUUCCUUUUGUUGGUGGUGAUGAUGAUGCUCAGGAUGCUGAUGGCGAUGACGAGGAUGAUGAUGAUGACGAGGAUGAUGAUGAUGACGAGGAUGAUGAUGAUGACGAGGAUGAUGAUGACGAUGAUGACGAGGAACUAGCUUUCCUCAUGUACCAUUUGAGUGUGGAGGACCCCUUUGAUGAGGAUGCCUACAUGGCACCUCCUUUCGAUCGGCGGUAUGAGGAGCCCGUUGAUGUGAUGGUGAUUGAUGACGACCCAAUCUCCAUCAUGUUCGCCGAUUUGACUUUCCCUCCUUUCCCUCCAUUCCUUGACGAUGAUGACGACGACGAUCCUAUUGAUGUUGACAUGCCUUCCUUUGAACCUCCUUCUCAACCCGCAACACCUCAACCAUCACCUCCACCUUCACCCACGCCAAUCCCAAUGGAGGUUGAACCUAUGCUCCUUUCUCCUCUUGUUACCCCCAUCACUACUACCACCACUACCGCUGCCACAACAACCAUCGAUACCGCCAACAUCAACAUCCGCAAUCCCUUAUCACCAACCACAACUACCGCUGUUAUGCCAACCACCACCCUUAUGUCAACCCCCACCGCCAUUUCUAUGCCACCACCAGCUACCGCAACCACACCUACCACCAGCUCUCGUUUUGUCACUCCUUUUACCACCCCACCGCCUAUUCAUCAUCAUCCUACUGCUACUACUGUUACCACUAAUUCCGCAACUUCUCAUGUCACCCUCGCAACACUCGCUUUUCGUCCUCGUCCUUUUACCAAUACCAAUCAACCUCGCCUUACAUCUACUCCUAUCACUCCCGCUACCACCACCACAAUCCGCAACACCCCUCGUCCACCAUCACCACGUCCGCAACCACGUGGUGCAUUACAGCAAGCAAUGCCACAGCCCACCAUGAGACCUGAAGAUGCAGCCGCUCUUGCUGAGUUGUUACGUGAGUUGGGGGCUGUGGCAGAGGAGGAGGAUGACGACGAUGAUGAUCAUGACAAUGAGGAAUGGGAAGACGUUUGGCUUCCUUUGUGA